AUGGCAAAAAAGGGCAAGAGUAAUAAGACUUUGAGUAAUGCCAGCCCUGGCUUCAGCGCUAACAGUAGCAACUCCACUCCUGCUUCUACUGUAGAUCUGAGUCUGGGCGGGGAUCCCAUACCACCUCACCUCGAAAAGCAGAUCUUGUACCUCACCAUCUCCACGGAUAAACACAAAAGGGACGAGAUUGCAGCGAGCCCUCUGCUGACGGUGCCGGCCCUUGAUGCCGGUGCCCCGACACAGUAUGGCGUCAUCGGCAGGGACUCGAGCAAAUCAGGGCAGUCCUUCUCGUCGUUGUCCAUGUACAAGAGACAUAUACUUUCGAUGCGCAUCUUUCAAAACGUGUCUGCUCCCAGCUCUACCUUCAUAUGUGGCAGCCAGGGCUCGGGAAAGAGCAACACGUUGGCAUGUCUCUUAGAAAACUGUUUGCUGCCCAGUGAUCUCGGCAAUCUUCCGCAUCCGUUGACCGGUAUUGUAUUCCACUACGACAGCUUCAAUUCGGACUUGGGUGGGAUACCAUGCGAGGCGGCGUAUCUCGCGUCGAAUAAGAACGUGAAAGUGCGAAUUCUUUGUUCCCCGACAAAUGUUCGAACCAUCACUCUUUCGGACCGGGAUCUUACAACAACUCAUAUGCACGACCUAAUGACCGUGGGCGAGAGCGGCAUGCCGCUCUACAUGCACGUGGUUGACCGUGUGCUGCGCGAGCUGAAGAUCGAGCAAGAUGAACAAAACCUCCCGUUCAACUAUGAGAAGUUUAAGCGGCGAAUAUUUCAAAGCGAGUUGACGUCUAUGCAGACUAAUCCUCUCAAGCAGAGGCUCGAUACGCUGGAGAGCUUCAUGCCGAGGAAUGAUUCGAACAAGAAGACUCCUGGUACCGCAAGUGGAAACGACUGGACGGCCAAGCCCGGCCAAUUGACAGUUGUCGAUCUCUCCUGUCCAUGCGUCACGCCAGACAUGGCCUGCUGGCUUUUCAAGAUCGCUUUGCAGCUCUUUCUUAAAGGGGAUAUGACCACGGGUCGUAUCGUAGCGCUUGAUGAAGCGCACAAAUAUAUGCGCGAUACAUCAGGCGGCUCGCGGGCACUGACAGAGAGACUGCUGGAAGUUGUCCGGAACCAGCGCCACCAGGGUGCCCGCGUGAUCAUCUCGACGCAAGAGCCGACGGUUUCGCCCAAGUUGCUCGAUCUGUGCUCCGUCACGGUGGUCCAUCGAUUUACAUCACCGGACUGGCUGCAUGUCCUACAGGGCCACCUGGCUGGGCUGUCUCCCAUAACCGCCUUAGUCGGCGACACAAACGUCACGGCUGACGGAGAAGAACACAAAAAGAUACACUACGGCGCCCAGCCCAUUGAUCUUAUGGGAAGAAAUAACGCCAUGGAGUUGUUUGGCCUCAUUGUCGGUCUGGAAACAGGACAGGCACUGGUCUUUUCGCCAAGCACCAUCGUCGGGAUCAAGGAUGACCAGGGGGGUGGCGGCGGAACGACAAAUGGGAACAACAAAAAGAGAGAUGCUGGAUCUGUUGAGCGUCUAGGGAAUCGAGCGCUGUUGGUCAAUAUACGGGCCCGCAUGACCGAAGAUGGAGGAAGAAGCAUCAUGGCCCUGUAA